AUGGUGUCUUCCUUCUGCUGGAGCUGCCUGUCGCGGCUUCGUCCGACGCCUCGAGCUCUCCUACCUCCGCCGGCUGCAGCGCCCGGAAUUGCGGCAUCAUUCCACACGACCUCGAUGCGAUAUGCACAGCCCGCGAAGAAGAAGAACAGCAUGGAGGGGCCUGCCAAGUACCGUCAGGCAAAGUCUGCUAAGAUGAAGAAGAAGAAGCAAGUGGACAGAGCGCGUCCCCCGGCAGUCGGAGAACGCAAGGCCCUCCGGAAACGCAUCGUUCUCAGCAACCCCAAUGCUCUCGAGGUUGCGGGCAUGGAGGAGCUUUCAGAGCAGACUAUGGUGGAUGCACGUCUUCGGGGAUCCGUGCUUGCCCUUCCUGUGCCCAUGAUUGAUCAAUUGAGAGCGGUUCAAGCCUUCAAGCCUAGCCAAGGCUGGUCGAUAUUCCGCCGGCCAGGAACUGUCGUGAGACGGGAGACUUUGGAUAUGGGAAGACUGAUCAACAACAUUUCUACUGGUGGUCAGGAAGAGGGCAAGAUGUUCAGAAAAAUUAUCACUGGUGUGAGAGGAUCAGGAAAAACAGUGCAUCUUCUCCAAGCCACGGCAAUGGCCUUUACCAAGAAAUGGGUUGUUUUCAGUGUGCCUGAGCCACAGGAAUUGGUCGACGCGCAUACUGGUUACGCACCACUUGACGACGCCAACCCAUCACUGUACGUCCAGAAUGCGGCGACAGCUGCUUUGCUGUCCCGCACGGCCAUCGCCAAUGAGGAAGUUCUCAAGGGUCUGAAGGUGUCCCAGGAACAUCCCGCUCUCAAGUCCGUCGUUAAGCCUGGUAUGACUCUGGACGCACUUACCAGAAUCGGUAUUCAGGACCCUGCUGUUGCUUGGGCUGUUUUCCAGGCUCUGUGGACUGAGCUCACUGCAACCGCCCCGGCAACCAGCAUGACCAAAGACUUCACACCUCGUCCUCCUAUGCUGGUCACCCUAGAUGGUCUGGCGCACUGGAUGAAGAACUCCGAGUACCGCAACACUGAAUUCGAGCCCAUCCACGCUCAUGACCUUGUUUUCGUGAAGCACUUCCUUUCGCUGUUGAAGCCGAAUGCCGCCAAGCCCACUCUGCCCAACGGUGGCCUUCUCCUUUAUGCCACCUCUGCUUCCAACACCCCGACCGUCUACGCUCUUGAGGUCGCACUGAAGCAGCUGGAAGCUCGCAAGGCUGGUGUUAAGCCUUCUGACCCAAAUUACCCUCGGGAAGACCCAUACAGCUAUGCUGACCAGCGGGUUAUUGAGGCUUUCAGCGCUCCUGAGUCCCAGUCUGCUAAAGACACCGCGCUGGAAAUUCAGACUCUCACUGGUCUGACCCGGGAUGAAGCCCGAGGCUUCAUGGAGUACUUUGCACACAGUGGUCUUCUGCGGGAAAACGUCAACGACGAGUGGGUUGGUGAGAAGUGGAGCUUGGCUGGUGGCGGCGUCAUCGGCGAGCUUGAAAAGCUGGCAAGACGACUAAGAGUUACUGCCUAG